UGUAUGGCGGGCAGUUGAUCUGGCCCUCUCCAGGCUUCGCCCAACCAUGCAUCCCAUCAUUCCUGGGUUGGUAGAGGUCUUCGAGCACUGACAUUUGUGCACGGGAGGCAGCAAGUGAACUGACGCGCCGGAAACUGAUGCGCCAGAAACUGCUCCUGCCGCAGCGGCGGAAUAUGGCCAACAACAACAGCUUGCUGCGAGCCCGUCGCCGCUUACACUUGAGUCCACCGCCGUUCCCUUGCGACAUCCCACGGAAGACCUUGCCAUGAAUGUUCGGUGCCAAAGAGCCAGAAGCUCCUUUCGUUGGUGACUCACGACAUCAUGGCUGUUCAUACACCAAGCCACGUAUAAAGGCACGGAAAUAAAAGUCGAGUGAAGCAGAUUUGAUCUACAGAUCCUGCUACUGUUCGUUCACACCCAUACAGCUUUGAUCACUGCUUCGGAUACCUGCGACCACAGCAAUCGGCUACCCCGUAUUUCUCCCUUCCUCGUUACAAUGGAAAGAAACACGGCAGACACACUUGAAACAGACGUCAUCAUUGUUGGCGCAGGCUUCAGCGGUUGUUAUUCACUGUUCAAGAUUCGACAGGCGGGGUACUCGGCCAAGAUUCUUGAACGUGGAAACGACUUUGGGGGCGUUUGGCACUUCAAUCGGUAUCCCGGAGCCAGGGUCGAUUCCGACACGCCUUCCUACCAGUUCAGCCUGUCCGAAGUCUGGGCCGACUUUCAUUUUACCGAGCGGUUUCCCGGGUACGAAGAAAUCCGCAGAUAUUUUCAUCACGUCGAUGCCACUCUUGGCUUGCGGAAGGAUACGAUUUUCGACGCCCGAGUGGACGAGGUCAAGUACGACCCUGCGGGCAGACGCUGGCAUUUUCGCACGACAAAGGGUCUGUGCGCGACCUCCAAGUACGCAAUCUUCGCAUGCGGCCCGAUGAACAAACCGUACAUGCCUCGUUUUCCAAACCAGGACAUGUUCGGUGGACCCGUCAUCCAUCCGUCCGCAUGGCCCAACGAUCUCCAGCUCACGGGCAAGAAGAUUGGCGUCAUCGGGCAGGGAGCGUCCGGUCUGCAGAUCGUACAGGAGCUUGCCAAAGUGGACUGCCAGCUCACAGUCUUCGUUCGGAACCCCUGUAUCGCGAUCCCCAUGCACCAAAGACAGCUGUCGAACCGAGAGUCGGAAGAGAUGAAGAACUAUUACGACGCCAUAUUCAGCGAGGCCAAGUUCGGCUCGUCUUCGGCGCUGCCCUACAAUCACAAUACCGAUUUGCUUCGCUGCACGACUGAAGCAGAACGGGCCGGUCUGUUCGAGCGACUGUGGAAUAGGGGUGGCCUCGGUCUCACACAGUCGAACUAUCGCGACAUCGCGUUUGACAAGACGGCCAACGCAUGCUUGUACGACUUCUGGGUCCGCAAAACGAGAAGCCGGAUGACGAACCCCGAGAAGAGGGACAUCGUCGCGCCUCUGGAUCAGUUCGAAUGGUUCGGAGCGACACGCGUCAAUCUUGAGAUGGACUACUACGAGAUGCUGGAUCGACCGAAUGUCAAACUGGUCGAUCUCAAGAAGACUCCGAUCCAGUCUUUCGACAGGCAGGGGAUUGUCACCAAGGCCUCAGACGCCUCCAUACACCACGAUAUGGACAUCAUCAUCAUGGCCACCGGCUACGACUCUUUGACGGGUAGCCUGCUUGACAUGAACAUCCACGACAAGCACGGCGUCCGGCUACGGGACGCUUGGAAGAGCGGCAUCAGCACGUAUCUUGGCAUGAUGGUUCCCAAGAUGCCCAACGCAUUCAUGCUGUACGGGCCGCAAGGGCCGACAACGCAAACCAACGCACCGCCCUUCAUUGAGCUUCAGGUUGAUUGGGUGGUAAGCCUCCUCGAGCGGAUGCGCGAAGACGGCCUGCAUUCGAUCGAGCCAUCGGAAGAGUCUUGCCGCUCGUGGAAAAGUCUUGUAAUGGAUGCCUUCGAGUCGACUCUUUUUCGCGACAGCACUGCGUGGUGGACUGGCGCGAACAUCCCGCACAAGAAUAUUGAGCCACUUGUCUUUCUAGGUGGGGUUCAGCAAUGGAGACACAUGUGUAGUCGUUCGCUAGAUGACUGGGAAAGUUUUGUCGUAUCCUAGU